AAGUAGAAAGCCGUCAACAAAAUAAUCUUUAUUAUUUAUUCAGUUAUGGUUGUAGAAUGUACGAAGCCAUCCACCAAAGCACAAAACAGAAACAAAACUGGACCAACGGCAUCACGUGUAAUUAAAAACAUUGGUCGCAGCACAAAUCAGUCAACAGUUUACCGUCCGCUCGACCAGCUGGUUAUUUAGAAUAUUCAAUAGCUGUGAUACCGGCCGCGAUCACGAUCGACAGUAUGAAAUCUAUUUGCCUAAUUGUAAUCGGGGGCUUCAUUCUCAGUUGCCAAGGUUAUACGGCGAUUCUUCCCAACUCCGAAUACAAAGAUUUCCCCGGUGAAUGCUAUGACGCUGAAACGAAAAUUCAUUUCAAACCCGGGGAAAAACGCCAACGACCCGGGUUGUGCGAAGAAAUGACGUGUGGGACGGAUUUCUCUAUCAACUACUUCGGCUGCGUGUUGGUCAUUGCAAACGAUGAUCCAGACUGCGAACCUGUCGAACGGGACGUCACUAAAGACUAUCCACAAUGCUGUUAUAAGUACAAAUGCGUACGUGAUGGGAUAGUGACUUAUAGCUAAUAAGUGUAAUUAAUUAUAGUAACUAAAAGUUCAAAUUUGUCUUAAACACAUCUGCAAAUAAUAUUGUUUUACUAAUUUCUAAGUGUACAAUAAAUGUGUACGUCAUCCAAUCAACAAUAAUCAUAUCUAAUUUUAAUAAAAUAAAACUAAUAUUGAAGUAGACAUCACCCACUCCACUUCGAAAAUCAUUUUUGCCGUUGAAAUAUGUACACACUUACAAAUUUAGAAAGUUUUGUUAUUGUUAAGUUUCUACGCAACAAUAUGUUUUGAUUGGCUUCCAAUGAGUAUCCAGAAAAUGUUACGCACGAAUGUUGUGUCCGAAAUGGUGUUAAAUCCGUAAUAAAAAAAAAUGACAAAUUCCAGAA